AUGACUGAAUUCAUGGAGCAGACUGCUGUAGAUAGUAGCCAUGACCGCACGGCCCGGAACGAGCGACCCGUGAGAACAGCUCUGCAGCCAGCAUCACUCGAGACAACAAAAAACCGUGUCCAAGGAGAAGCCGUUCUUCAUGAUGUUCACAGAAUACUCGAGUACAUCUUUCACAGCAGAGCAAAAGACGUGCUUAUCGAAUCGGAAUGGGCAAAGAUCGUUCACAAUAUUUUCUUCUACAUCAUUCUCCCUUGUUCGAUUCGUCGUUCUGUUCUCCUUGGCUUCUCGUUGAGAUGCACUGCAGGCACAAGCGCCCCAUCUGUGCUGAUAUACAACAGAAAUAAUGUUGCCAGAAAUAAAACAGUGUGGGCGGCUGAGGUUGGAGGGCCAACGACACAAAUGACGCGAUGGCGAUAUCUCUUCUAUGAUUUACAAUGUGCUCAGCUGGAAAACAUUGUCAGCUGCAUUGAGCGUGAGAGAAACAAUGCUUUUCGCUCUACUGUCUUCAGUGCUGCUCGUAGGAAUGUAUGGGCAGCUGUGGAUCAGAACUGUACAACAUAUGAUGGCACUACCUCUAAGUUUGUUUUCGCCGAAUCUGCAGUAAACUGUGAGGAUAAAUUGUCGUCUACCAAUUGCGCCCUCUUAUACCAAAAAGAAGCGGUCGCAGGAAAUGAUGCAGAGCGAGAUCCGAAGUGCAGCGGAGAUCCGAUAGAUCCUCAGCUGGUUCAAGCGGCGGUUGAUCUUUGUCCCAAGAGGUGUGGCUACUGCUGUCUCACACUUCUCUCCGCCUUUCAUGCAAUGACAGACCUGCGUAAGCCAAGGAUACCAUGCUCGUCAGUUACGAAGAUAAUGUGCGAAAAUAAUGCCUGGAAGAGUAUUCUUGAAGAGGAUUGCCCGAAAACCUGCGGUUUUUGUGAU